CAUGCCGAACAGACAAACUAAUAUUCCGUCCCAGACACUAUGUUUGAAAAAUGGUAGGCUAUUCUAAGGACGAUGCAAUGACGCCUAAUCAAAAGAUCAUAGCAGGGGCCGUGUCUGGUGCAGUAACACGUUUCGUAACUCAGCCACUCGAUGUACUCAAAAUCAGAACUCAGUUAGAAAAGAAGUUAAGCAAACGGAAACAAAGAACGCUAUUCGAGACCUCUAAAAAGAUUUUUCAUGAGGAAGGCAUCUUUGCUUUCUGGCACGGUCACAAUCUUGGUCAGAUGCACUCAAUCUUAUCAACUGGCAGUCAGUUCUAUGUAUAUGAAUUAACAACAAAAUAUGCAUUUCAAUCGACUGAUGACCCUAAAUAUAAACGAACCAUAGAGUUCCUAUGUGGCAUAUGCGCUGGCUCAUGCAGCGCGACCCUCGUCACUCCGCUCGAAGUGAUCAGAGUUCGACAGAUGCUAGUGAAGGAGCAGUACAGAGGGUUCUUCAAUGGAGCCAGAGCGGUGUACAGGUCGGGAGGGCCGCUUGCCUUCUUUGAGGGCUGGGCUGCUGGUGUGCUAAUGCUGGGUCCCCAAGUGGCCAUAACAUUCUCAGUGUUCAGCUUCAUCCAGCCCAUAAUCCUGGACUACCUGCAUAAGUGCACAGAGCUGUGCGAGCAGGUGAAGAUCUACGAGCACAGGCCUGAACAUCUGCUAUUGGCGAGCAGUAUAGGGGCCCUGGUGUCCGGGUUCGUGUCCAAGGUGAUCAUGUACCCGUUUGAUUUGGCGAAGAGGAGAUUGCAAAUCGCAAGCCACAGAACGGAAAAUAAAUUUUACACGCCCACAACAUCAAGGAACCUGGUGAAAUGCUCAAAUUUAAUACAGUGUAUCUCGGAUACAGUGAAAGUAGAAGGAUUUCUUGGUCUCUACAGGGGCUUACAAGUCACGGUGUACAAAGCGCUGUCGACAAACAUAAUAACAUUUACAUCGUAUGAACUAAUUUGCUAUUUUUUAGUGAAGUAAUAAUGUUUUGUAUUGAAUUUUGUAUAGU